AUGUGGCAGACGAAAAUUUGGCCAUGUGGUGAACAGAAAUUUGGCCAUUCAGGAUCACACACAUGGAACAGGCUGUUGUCAUCAGCAGACAGCCUGCCUCCAAUACCUAAUGGGACGCAGGAGUCAGAAUGCGGCACAAACUCACUAGAAACGAUAUCUUCUGCGUUGUCAAGAGGCCAUUUGACUCGUCCACAGCCUCAGCGUGCACAUAGCACAACAUCCAUCACCAGGAACAAGAUGAAGGACAGAGUGUCGAAUGCCAAUAUGACAGUAGACGAGCCAGGCAGAGUAGCAUUCUGGAGAACCUAUUCAAGCCAUUCUAUCAAGGUCAAGUCUAUCGAGAGAACGGGAAUGAGCUCUUUCAUUGGCACGGAAGAUCAUGCCAACAGUCUCAAAUGGCACGGAUGCAGUGAACUUUUAGCAGAUGUGCGAGUCACAUUCCCUGCACCUGGAGAAGCAGCAUUCACACUCUCCCCAACAAUCUCCCUGGCCACCAUCACAGAAGCUGUCACACGCAAAUCAGCAUUUGCGAGGUGGACUCGCUGGCUUCAAUAUGCACCUGCGGCACCUUCUGCUGCCUUUUUGAAAACUUUGAGCCCAUGCUCGUGGUCACCUGGAUGCUCCAUCUCAUCGCCAACUGUUGCCACACCCAUACUACUCUUCACACCCAUGCCGGGCAAAGUCGCCUCAUUGUACAGCGCCGUCACAGAGCUGUUAUGCCUGGAAAAUGUCAUAUAUGACACUGCACCUUAUCUGGCCCAUGCACUGGUCGAUCUGCCUAGUGACACAGACAAUGUGCAGCUGACAAAUAUGCCUGUACACAUGUACAUGCCAGAUGGGAGUGGACAAGAGGUGAUGAGCGUUAGAGUGCCGAAGAGGGCACUUAUUCAUGUAGCUGUAGAGGGGUUCAACUUGGAUAGAGACAUAUGGAGCUCAGAGACCAAAUAUCUGUCCAUCGACGUGAACUCCUCAUUGCUAGCAUUCAGCGACUCCCAAAACGUCAAGGGUCCUGAGGCAGCAGCAGCUAACGGCGAGAUGACACUUACAUUUGAAGAGAAUGCUGCCCCAGUGCCACCUUGUCCAAGUCCCCAAAGAACAUGCUGGGAAAUUAAAAUGCAGUCCAGUGACUGUUUUCACAAACUGCAUCGCUUGAAGCAACUUAUCAUGAUCUGGCCCAUCUAUAUUCAUAUGGCUGUUUCCAUCCAGGUUGAAGACAGCUUGUAG